ACCCCUUCAAAUGUUUGAGCGCCAUGGCCGAGCAGAGCCUCACCGGGAACUUCACUCACACCGGCCAUCCGGCCGGCUCGGCCAAGUUCGGCGUCGUCGCCAGCAGGGUCGUGGCCAGCAGAGCCAAUAGCCACCGAGGAGCCGGGGCCAACGGUGGUGCCGGUCAACAGGGUGAGAUGUAUACGGACAUUGACCAAAUGGGCUUGUUUCAAACCAGUAGCAGGAUCAUGUACUCCUCUUCAUCUUCCUCGUUAUCAUCUUCAUCGCCGCCAUUAUCCCCCGCCUCGUCGUGCUACGCCUACACAACUACGUCAGAUCCGGGUUCAUCCAACGACUUUUUAACCAAUGACAAUGCCAGCUAUCACGUGCCCCGGCAGACCAAUCAAAACCAAUCACAUAACUUUUUAAGGAAUGACAGCCCCUUCUGUCACAGCCCAUCCAAUAGCAAUCCAGCCCGUGGAGGCGGUAACUCUAGGCAGAUCUGUAAGAAAAGUUAUCCAUCUUGUUCAUCGGAGCAGUCGCUAGAAGGUAAACAAGACAAUACUAUCUAUUGUAUAUAUUUCGCUUCUGGUGUGUCCUGUUUCUUCUUCGAAACUGGCCCCUCCCCAACUCCAUAUAAUGUAUAUUAAUAGUACUGAGUGAAAAAAAAGGCUGUCAUGCGUGACGUAAGAACUCGGUUAAAAAAAUAUUUAGGGGGAAGCGACAAUUAUAUUAAUCAAUAAAUAGUCACGUGUAUUUUGUUGAACCGUCUGUAGGAAGGUCUGUAGGAAGGUCUGUAGGAAGGUCUGUAGGAAGGUCUGUAGGAAGGUCUGUAGGAAGGUCUGUAGGAAGGUCUGUAGGAAGGUCUGUAGGAAGGUCUGUAGGAAGGUCUGUAGGAAGGUCUGUAGGAAGGUCUGUAGGAAGGUCUGUAGGAAGGUCUGUAGGAAGGUCUGUAGGAAGGUCUGUAGGAAGGUCUGUAGGAAGGUCUGUAGGACGGUCUGUAGGAUGGUCUGUAGGAUGGUCUGUAGGAAGAUCUGUAGGAAGGUCUGUAGGAAGGUCUGUAGGAAGGUCUGUAGGAAGGUCUGUAGGCAGGUCUGUAGGAAGGUCUGUAGGAAGGUCUGUAGGAAGGUCUGUAGGAAGGUCUGUAGGAAGGUCUGUAGGAAGGUCUGUAGGAAGGGUGUAAGACUGCCUUUAGUCCAGGCAGGCAGGGUGUAAGACUGCCUUUAGGUCUAUUGUAUUUUUUAUCUCCCGGUGAGACACAUUCGGUUGGGGGGUGGGAUUGCGUGAAGAACAGGCAGCUCGGUCUCGGACCAGUCAGACCGGGUGGCUGGCAAAUGAAACAAGCAUUUUUUAUUGGUUAUUUACACGAGAUGUUACAUUCCAUUCCAUAACAUUCCAUCCCAUCACAUUCCAUCCAAUAACAUUACAUCCUAUCACAUUCCAUUCCAUUCCAUCCCAUAACAUUACAUCGCAUCGCAUUCCAUUCCAUCCCAUCACAUUCCAUUCCAUCCCAUCACAUUCCAUCCAAUAACAUUACAUCCUAUCACAUUCCAUUCCAUUCCAUCCCAUAACAUUACAUCGCAUCACACUCCAUUCCAUUCCAUAACAUUACAUCCCAUCACAUUCCAUCCCAUAACUUUCCAUCGCAUCAUAUUCCAUUCCAUUCCAUCACAUUCCAUUCCAUUCCAUCCCAUAACAUUACAUCCCAUCACAUUCCAUUCCAUUCCAUUACAUUACAUCACAUUCCAUUACAUUUUAGAGCAGUUAGCUUUAACGUUCAUAACAUUUCGUUGAUAAUUUCGAAAUUUAAAAAAAUAAUACUACAAACACCAGAUGCUAUAGCUAUAAUGUUUGCGUUGGUCAAAGAAAGAGGAUAAAUUAUCCUAUUCAAAUAACCAUACAGCUAAUUAUAUGUUCUCGGAUCUUUUUUAUAACACGAUUGUUCUUAUCAUCAGUUAAUUAAUGGCAUCAAGGUACGUGUACUACAAGCUAUAGUAAACUGGUUUAACAUGUUCCCUGUUCUUAUAGUGGACUGUAUUCAUUGUGUUCCCUGUUCUUAUAGUGAACUUUAUUCAUUGUGUUCCCUGUUCUAAUAGUGAACUGUAUUCAUCAUGUUCCCUGUUCCAGACAACGACCGUCUCCUGAGCUGGACGAGACACCACCCAGAGAACUGGUCAAGCAGCGAGGUCUUAGACUGGCUGUUCUUCGUGGCCCAGGAGAGGGGCCUGGACAUGCAGGAGUUCAGGGGAGAGAACUUUCAAAACAUAAACGGAAUGCAGUUGUGUCAGAUGGGGUUAGGGGACUUCACUCGUCUGGAACCUAGAUUUGGGAGGUCCAUCUACGAGAUGUUCAAGAAUCUUUUGUGUGGAGGUCAGUUGUGGGAUCAAUUAAUUUGUUUUAAGAUAAAAUGGUGGCUCAGUUUUGUAGGUAACUUACUUUCAGUUUCACGUAUAGUUGCGUAAACUAAAACACCGAACUAAACAUUUGGAACAAGGAAUUUUUUCAUGAAAUUCUCAAUCUCCAUUGUCGAAUAAUAUUUAUUUUUUUAUAAAAGAUGCUUGGAAAUUCGUCCUUCUACACUACACUGCACUGCACUACACUACACUGCACUACUCUACACUACACUACACUACACUACACUACACUACACUACACUACACUGCACUACACUAUACUACACUACACUACACUACACUACACUGCACUACACUACACUACACUACACUACACUGCACUACACUACACUGCACUACACUGCACUACACUACACUACACUACACUACACUACACUACACUACACUGCACUACACUGCACUGCACUGCACUACACUGCACUACACUGCACUACACUACACUACACUACACUACACUACACUGCACUACACUGCACUGCACUGCACUGCACUGCACUGCACUACACUACACUACACUGCACUGCACUGCACUACACUACACUACACUACACUACACUGCACUGCACUGCACCGCACCGCACCGCACUGCACUGCACUACACUACACUACACUACACUACACUAGCACUAGCACUAGCACUAGCACUAGCACUAACACUAACACUAGCACUAGGACUAUCUGAAUUUAUGAUGGGACACAUGGAUAUCUAGCACUAUUGUUUGCUUGGUGGGCUACAUCUAGGCCCCACUGUAUAUCUUAAUGUCUCCUCUAUAAAUCAAGGAUGAUGUGUAUGGCUUAUUUUCGCCCGACAAGGGAUAUGCUGCUUGACACACAGCUUGAAAAGCACUGUUUAGCAAUACAGGCGACACCACAACAUUUAGCAACACCACAACAUUUAGAGACACCACAACAUUUAGAGACACCACAGCAUUUAGCAACACCACAACAUUUAGCAACACCACAACAUUUAGCGUUCUAAAAUUGUAUCAUUACUGUCAUUUUUACAUAAGAUUAAUUCCUUCACAAAGUACUCCUUGCUACAUAAGAUUGAUUCACUCCGAAAGUACUCCCUCCUGCAUAAGAUUGAUUAAUUCCCAAAGUACUCCCUCCUACAUAAGAUUGAUUCAUUCCGAAAGUACUCCCUGCUACAUAGGAUUGAUUAAUUCCGAAAGUACUCACUCCUGCAUAAGAUUGAUACAUUCCCAAAGUACUCACUCCUACAUCAGAUUCAUUCAUUCCCAAAGUCCUCCCUCCUACAUAAAAUUGAUUAAUUCCCAAAGCCCUCCCAGCUAACCUCAAGUCCAUAGACUUCUGUACAGGCAUACAUUAACUUUUAAAAUAAAGAUGUGUAACCUACAAUGAUCAAACCAGCAGCCGACAAGAUGACGUCCCUUUACCUAACAAUGUCACACCUGUGUUCUGCAUGUAAAAAUACACAUUUAUUAAUAUAAACUUUCUCUUGUUCUCUCCCCCCCCCCCAAACCACCCUCUCCAGUUUUGUUUCGUAAGCCAGUUGACCCAGAGCACGUGACCUCACAGAUCUCGUCCUACUCUUCCCUUCCCUGCCCAUCGCCCCAACCGUCCCAGGGCAGCCUACAAGGAUACAACGUGUCUCCCUCCUCCUACCAGAUGCUUGAGACGGAUAUCAAUUGUAACGGUAAGCACAAGCGGCGUCACUGCCUCCAGGGGCGUGCUCUAAGGAUCAGAUUUGCAAAUAAGAAGGGUUUAGUGGAAUUUAGGGAAUCUCCUUGUUCUUAUUAAACUAGUACCGAUUAAAAAAAUUGUAGUCGACCACAGACACGAGACCAUAGACAUGAGACCACAGACAUGAGACCAUAGACAUGAUACCACAGACAUGAGACCAUAGACAUGAGACCACAGACAUGAGACCAUAGAAAUGAGACCAUAGACAUGAGACCAUAGACAUGAGACCACAGACAUGAGACCAUAGACAUGAGACCACAGACAUGAGACCACAGACAUGAGACCUCAGACAUGAGACCACAGACAUGAGACCAUAGACAUGAGACCACAGACAUGAUAACUAUGCCAAAAAUGAUAAACUUAACUGACUUCGUCAUUUCUAUAUAUUUUAACAAGCAAACAUUGUCGCUUGAUUUUAAAAACAGUACAUUUACAAACAUUUGAAUCAUAAUUUGUAAUGUGAUAGUUACUUUGUGUCUAAAGGUAUCGCACCAAGCGAUCAAUUCUUCAAGCAAGAAAAGUGCACAAGUGUCCAGAAUAGUAUCGAUAUCAACUCUUAUGAUUUUGAUUUGGACGAUACUCCUUGCAUUACAAACGGACAGAACUGUCAAGGUAAAGAAAGAACACAAAAUAUUUUUUUUUAAAAACAUACCUGGGACCGUUUGGAUGUGAAUGUCUAGAUGUGAAUAUUUGGAUGUGAAUGUUUGGGUGUAAAUGUCUGGCUGUGAAUGUUUGGAUGUGACUAUCUGGAUUUGUAUAUCUGGAUGUGAAUGUUUGGAUGUGAAUGUUUGGAUGUGAAUUUAAAAUUGUAUUUAAUUGAGAAUUAUAAAACUGGAUUCCUUGCCGAAAUGUGUAUUUUCCGUUUGUUAAAAAAGACUAAGUUGUCUACGCGUGUCAUCACGUAUCGAGUCUAAUAAAUAAGGUUGACGGAAGCGAAAGGAAUUUGUUGGAAAUGGUGUGUAAUGUGCAUAAUUUGAAAUUGUGCACAAUGUGCAUCAUUUGAUGAGAAAUCAUAGACUUGUUCCAUUCACUUAUUGCUAAUAUGGAUGUCUGACAAGGGAGUUUACUGUAUACUUGUUUCAUUCACUACAAAUGCCUGAGUUUCGUGCUCUUGUCCCACAGACCAGUACCAGCCCGAGUACGCCAUGUACCCAGCCCAGUAUCCUCAGACCACACCAAUGAGGACGUCCUGCUGUUUCCCACCGCCUCCUUUCUCGGGUCAACUCCCCAGGAGGCGUCCAGGGCGCCCCCGGGUCAAAGGUCUGAUGGAUGACGAGCGUGCCAACAAGGAGAGAAAAGGUACCAACGGUUCUCGCAUUAAACCAGAUGGGGUGCAAGGAUUCUUGUCCCCAAAAAUAAACAUUAAAAGAUUAAUGUUUGAUUAUUAAAUAUAUAUAUAUAUAUCAUUUAAUUAGACUGCUAAAUCCUUCUCUAUCUUGGCGUACUAAUCUAUGUUUCCUACCGUACUUCCCCAGUUAAGAACCAACAUUUGUGGGAGUUUAUCUACGAGACGC